AUGUCUGCUCCAGUUCAAUCCUCUUUGGCCGGUCUCCAGGCCUCCACUGCUCAACUUGUGGGCAUCAUCACCCGGGCUCAGCUCACUCCGGCUGGCACAGGGGAAGCCCAUCUUGCUCUGACAGCACAGGCAACCACCCUUGUGGGCGCGAUCGCCCGGCAGUUUGAGAAGGGGCCUUACAUGCCCGGAGUUGUGGCAUCUUGCUCCAGGGAGUUGAUGAGGGUGAGGUCCAUGACUCCCCAGGUGUGGCCUAACUGGCACAGCAUCGGCCAUGACGACCCCCGCAUAUCAAAACACUCCUGGCGCAGCAAGAUCCAGGCUUGGGACGCCUUGGAUGACCAUUCCUGCGAUCUCCCGGUCAUCCCUAACCCAUCCACCGCCCCACUGACUGUUGACCUUCCUUCUCCUCUUCCCAUUCCGUCUGCUCCUGUCCAUCCCUCUCCUCCUGUCAUUCCCUCUGCUCCUGUCCCUCCAUUCCCGCCCGGCCUCGCCGGACCUUCAACUCUGGCACCCUCCGGGUUCCGGGACAAAGGCAAGGGUAAGGCGGUUGAUGUGAGCCUUGAGCCGGAAGUUGGAGGGAGCAGAAAGAGGAAGUCUCCGCUGAUUUCUGGCGAAUCAUCCCAACCUCCGAAGUCCGCCAUGAAGUCUCACAAGUGGCCCAAGUCUGCUCGCAUCGUCAAGUCGAAGCCGAUUGUGGAGUCGGAAGAUGAUGAAGACACAAUUAUUCAGCCACUUUCGCGUGGAGUUCCGGAGGUCGUCCUUCCCUGGAUCUCCACACUUGCUCAAGGGACCCCUCACUUGCCUCGUUCACCCCGUUCUCCAAAAAAGAAAUCCUUUGGCCCUGCUUCAUUGACUGCCGGCAGUCGUCUGGAGGUUCCGGAAUCUCCCAGCACUCGUCCGGAGGUUGCAGCCACCUCCGGCACUCAUCUGGAGGCCACGGAGGACCAUGACACUGAGUCCAACGCUUCGGAUGGUGAUCCCCCAGUCAUUGCCUCAUUCGACAUUACCAUUCCUGGCCCAAACAACCCCUGCCAUUAUUGUGUCAAGUUCGAUUGGCCCUGCGCCACUCGGUUUGACAGGAGGAGGCGUACUCCCUGUGUCUCCUGCAUCCGCUGCGCCAGCAAGAAGGUGAAGUGUCAACCUGCAUCAAUGGGAUCCCUGCCCCCACGGACUCGCCCUGGAGGCAAAUCCACCACCCGUCGUAUGCGUUCCAGCACACCUGCCCCCAAAGCUCCGGCCGCCUCGCAGUCAAGGGCCCGCACUCGCAGCCAAUCUCGUGGCCCCACGCGUACUCCGGCUGUCCCUGCUGUGACUACACCACAGGUGCAAUCACGUGGUCGCAGCAAAACAAUCACUUCCACCAAGGCACCUGUGCCUGCACCUGCUCCUGCAACAGCUCCUGUUCCGUCCUCGAGUGUUGCAGUUCCUCGUUCGGCACUCGAUGUGCCCAUGCCGGAUCUCCAUUCCAUGGCAAUCGCCAUCCGGGAUGGUGCAGCUCGCAUUGCCAUGCUUGAGGCUCGUGUACGGGAGCAGGAUGCACCCUUCAUUUCCACUUCCGGACAUGCCUGCCAAUGCAUCAUUUUUACUCAAUCAAUCAGUUCCACCCCCCCCCCAUCCAUGUCCCCCCUCCCCUCUGCACUUCCUGCCCUCAUCAAUUUGGAUAUGGCUCAUAUGGCUGUCAUGGAACCCACCCCCUUGAAAGUCGAGGAUGGCUCUGACAUGAUUGGGCUCGUGUUUGAGCCCAGCCAAGUUCAGCCUGAGGGUCCACAAACGUCCGGUGAAAUUGUGGUCCCAGAUGACCCGGGCAACCUUGUGCCAGAGUAUAAUUCUGUUUCUGAAGAGAUGUAUAUUGAGGUGCCUGUUGAGCCAGCUGGUGGGGAGGUUGACAUGGCUACCUAA